AUGGACACUACAAAUCCACCUUUGGCUGGUGCUGAUGAUUUUGAUAUGUUUGCUAAUGAUGAUGAGUAUGCAGCCACUGAACCAUCUUCAGCUGAAAAUACUGCACUUAGGAAACACUGGAGAAACGUCGGCUUGGCCUUUAACUGCAUAUUUCUUCUGUUUGGAUCUGUUAUCCAACUUAUAGCUUGUGCAAGCAAUAUAUAUUACAUAAAUGAUAAUCUGGACAAGAGGACUUGGACAUACAUAUUCGGAGCAUGUUGUGCAACCACUGUCUUUAUUCCCCCAUUUCACAACUACAGAAUCUGGUCCUUUUUGGGUCUUGUUAUGACCACUUACACUGCUUGGUAUCUAACAAUUGCUGCAAUCCUUCACGGUCAGAUGGAAGGAGUUAAGCACUCGGGUCCAAAUAAAAUGGUGCUAUAUUUUACUGGGGCCACAAACAUUCUCUACACAUUUGGGGGCCAUGCCGUUACUGUGGAAAUCAUGCACGCUAUGUGGAAGCCACAAAAGUUCAAAGCCAUAUAUUUAAUGGCUACCCUUUAUGUUCUGACACUGACCCUUCCAUCAGCAGCAGCAGUUUAUUGGGCAUUUGGUGACAUGCUUCUAAAUCACUCUAAUGCUUUGAUGAAUUCAAAGAAGAAAGAUGAAGCUCAUAGUGGUAGCGGCACAAUUGUGAAUAGGGAUGAGAGUAGUCAUCCGAGGGAAGAGGGUAGAGAGUGA